UCAAAUUUGUAAUCACGAUUCGUCCAACCGACCACCCGCUAUUCAUUGAGUGGCCUGAUUGAUAUUAAUGCUGCUUUGUAAUCUUACAGCAAAAAACCAGCUUCGGAGGUCUUAUCUGAACACCCGUGCAGAUUAUAAAAACGUUUCCCUAAGCUCGAUUUGUCAUUGUAGUUUUCGGCUCGCAAUGUUUCGCUUCUGUUUUGUUCUCUUUUGUUUGAUAGGAGCAGCUUUGGCAGUGCCAACUGCCGAUAAGCGCAUCGUUGGAGGUUUUCCCGCGGAAUCCGGAGAAGCGCCGUGGAUGGUUUCGAUGCGUAACUCGUUGAACAGCCAUUUUUGCGGUGGAACUCUGUUGAAUCAACGAUUCGUUCUAACAACGGCCGUGUGUAUGAGUGGCCGUCUGUCCAGUACCACGAUGGCCGUGGUUGGUUCCCGGUUCCUGAACACCGUAGCUGCCCCCUACUAUGGUCUGCAGACGAUCGUUCAUCCGCAGUACAAUGCGAAUACGUUAGAGUUCAACGUGGCACUAUUUCAAACGAUUCAGAACGUAGUGUUCACUUCAAUCGUGCAACCGAUUCAGUUGGGUGCAAAUUUUGUAAAUGCUGGCAGCCGGGCUCGUAUGUACGGUUGGGGUCCUACCGAAACCGGGGGAAGUAAUUCUAACGCACUGCAAACCAUCAAUCUGAAUGUGAUCGACAACGACAUUUGCCGUAGCUCUCUAGGGGCUGACGGAAUGCGUGUCGGGGCUUCUUCACUGUGCACAUUGACCCGCGAAGGACAGGGACUGUGUACCAAUGAUGCUGGUGGUGCCUUGGUGUUGGAUAAUUUAGCCAUUGGCGUUGCCUCCUGGAAGAUUCCAUGUGCCACUGGUCGGCCGGACGUGUUCGUACGUAUUUCAACGAUACGUGAUUGGGUUGUGAGCAUUAUCUGAGCAAGGAAAACAAGUGGUCGUG